AUGUCGAAUCAAAUAUGGAAUCAUUGUUAUGAUAACGAAGCAAGUAAUUCGGCACAACCCUACGAGUAUAGCUCGAACGAAUGGAGCAAACACUUUUGGAGUCCUAUAAACCAUCAACUUCAAAAUCAGCUGGCUACAUCACCGAGUACUCCAUACUUACCCACGCCACACCACUAUGCUUUUUCGUUUACCGAUGGUUACGAUAGGCAGAACGUACCCACUAUGAAAAGGAAACGCGUGAGGACCACUUUUACUGCGCCUCAAAUAAACCUAUUAGAGGCGCAGUACCAAAAAAAUCCUUACGCGUCAGCUCAAAUACGUGCUGCCUUCAGUUACAGACUGGGGAUUAACGAAAAAGUAGUGAAAGUGUGGUUCCAGAAUCGUCGAUUUAAAGAAAAGAGGCAAGAACGAGAGCGGGAAGAAAGCUGGUCACCUCAUUCUUCCGUCGCUCAUCGAGCCACAGACCCUUCUCAGACAACAACUCCCCUGCCUAAUGGUUUCUUUGAUGAUGCUUUCCUUAAUGUCGAGAAAAUCAUCUCACCGCCAUUACCUAAUGGCGGUGCAGAUGAUUUAUUAAAUGACAUUAAUGAUAUCAUAAUCACGGAACUCAAUAUUGUUCCAGAUAGGUAG